UUUUGGUACGGGGGCUGCGAAGGCAAUGGUAACCGAUUCUCAUCGCAAGAACAGUGCGAAAGAUCGUGCGUUACUCCUGAGGGGCCCGAGAGGUGCGCUCUGCCAAAGGUGAGCGGCCCCUGCAAUGGCUCGUAUGUGUUGUGGCACUUCAACCCCGAUGUCAGAAGUUGCGAGCAAUUUGUUUACGGGGGAUGUCUUGGAAACACCAAUCGAUACGAAACAAGAGAAAUAUGCGAACACAUGUGUCCGUGUCGUGGAAACUACGAGCGCUGGCACUAUAGGAAGGAAGAGAAUCGUUGUCUGCCAUUCACUUACGGCGGAUGUAAAGGCAAUCAGAAUAACUUCCAGUCCGACGAAGAAUGUCGUAACUCAUGCGGAUCUCAAACGGCUCAAGAGAUCUGCGCGUUCGAGAAGGCAGAGGGUCCGUGUUUGGGGUCAUUCCCGCGCUGGUACUACGACAGCCCUCACGCCGUUUGCCGGGAAUUCAUUUACAGCGGAUGUGAAGGCAAUCGAAACCGAUUCGUCGAUAAGAGCGCCUGCGAGAGACAGUGCAGUACAAUCCGGCCGUUGCCGACCGCCGACAACGUGUGUUCACUGCCGCGAGCAGAGGGCCCGUGUAGGGCAGCUAUUAUUCAAUGGUAUUUCAACGCUAAAUCCAGACGUUGUGAGCGAUUUUAUUAUGGAGGCUGUGAAGGCAAUGGCAACCGCUUCGAUGAUAGGACCGCAUGCGAGCGG